AUGUCUGUUUCUGUUACCGUCACCUCCUCCGUGGGACCCUUUCUUUCCCGAUCCCGCUGGCGGCCAACGACGGCUCUCCGAUCCAGCAAGGUUUCAGUUGAACAAACGAUAUCAUUAACGAAACUGAAACAAGAGUGUGCCACUCCUCUCCCCCUUCUUCAGCAUGUGGCUGAUACCAUGUCUUCUGAAAUGCGGGCCGGGCUUUCUUCCGAAGACGGGCCCGGGCUUCCCAUGAUACCUACUUAUGUCCACACUCUUCCCACCGGGAAUGAGAAUGGCUUGUUUUAUGCAUUGGAUCUUGGUGGAACAAACUUUCGUGUCUUGAGAGUACAAUUAGGUGGCAAUCAUGAUCGUCUUGUUUCCACUCAGUUUCAACAAGUUUCUAUACCUCAUGACCUCAUGUCAGCUACAUCCCUGGAGCUGUUUGACUUCAUUGCUUUGGGGCUAGCUAAGUUUGUGGCAAAAGAGGAUGGUAAAUUUCAUUUUCCACCAGGAAGAAAGAGAGACAUUGGAUUCACAUUUUCAUUUCCUGUUAAACAAACUUCUAUUGAUUCUGGCAUAUUAAUCAAGUGGACUAAGGGUUUUGCUGUCUCUGGAACUGUAGGAAGAGAUGUGGUUGUUUGUUUGAAUGAGGCUAUGGAAAGACAAGGACUAGAUAUGCGAGUUUCUGCUCUGGUUAAUGAUACUGUUGGAACACUAGCUGGAGCAGAAUACUAUGAUAAUGAUGUUAAGGUUGCUGUUAUUUUGGGUACCGGAACCAAUGCUUGUUAUGUCGAGCAGAUAAGUUCCAUUCCGAAAUUACAAGGACAUGUUUCUUCUUCUGGUAAAAUGAUCAUUAGUACUGAGUGGGGGGCUUUUUCCAAAGGUCUACCUUUAACCGUGUUUGAUAGAGAAAUGGACGCUAGCAGCAUCAAUCCUGGUCAGCAGUUGGACACUGUUGGCUCCUAA